UUCAAAACUAUUGAGAGCUCCAUUAACCACGUGACCGCGUGGCGGCGAGAUCAAAGCUCAACACGUUACUUAGUUACAAUGUUGAUAGCAACCACGCGUACGGGAUGCAUAAAGACUCACUGGGGGCUUGAAGCAAACGGAAAAAUGGACGAUCAUUCCGCAGAUGAAGGAACAAGAACGGAGCCUGAACCGUUGUUUAAUACAACUGAAAUAAAGACAAGCGAUGUGUACAAGGUGGAUAUAAAUUUACCAGCUCGCUUCAAUAAUCCGGAGUGUUUCAGAGGAUACAGGCAAAAAAUGAUCAACCCUUUAUACCAAACAACAAAUCAAACAUAUGGAAGCAAGAAACCAACAGUUCAUGAAAUGCCGAUAACCUUUAACGGAAGUCGUCGGAAGUUUUCUGAGCAUCUUCUGAGAAGCGGCAUGUACAAGGAUAACGGCUUCAACACGGCGCUGGACAAGAGCCGACUCACUGGACCCGAUGCAACGACCACGUUUCACGACAGAAUCAAUUUCCAUUACUUAUACCACACAGAUGGGAAAUCUCAGUAAAAACAAUCUCCAUUUUGUUUGUACAGUAAAGUAAUAAACAAGUCAGGCUAAAUUGUGAUGUAGUAAUGCUUUGAUCACUUUCUGUUAUUGGGGUGUUUUCAAGGACAGUUACUUACCCUCAUGUUGUUCCAAACCUA